CCCGUUUCUUGUCUGUAAACACACCGCAGCCAUCUUCAGUAUAUUGUCAUCGGACACCGCAGUGGAAAGAUGGGGUCUGUGCUUGGGCUUUGUUCGAUGGCGAGUUGGAUCCCUUGCCUUUGUGGCAGUGCUCCUUGCCUUCUGUGCAGAUGUUGCCCCAGUGGAAACAACUCCACGGUCACACGGCUCAUCUACUCCUUCUUCUUGCUUCUGGGAGUGGGUAUUGCCUGCAUCAUGCUGAUGCCCGGCAUGGAGGGGCAGCUCAAGAAGAUUCCAGGCUUUUGUGAAGGAGGAAUGGGAAGCUCGAUCCCUGGCGUAAAGGGUCAUGUGAACUGUGACGUUCUGGUGGGUUACAAGGCCGUGUACCGUGUGUGCUUUGGCAUGGCUAUGUUCUUCCUCCUGUUCUCUCUCCUCAUGAUCAAGGUGAAGAGCAGCCAAGAUCCCCGAGCUUCUGUGCAUAACGGGUUUUGGUUCUUCAAGUUUGCUGCUGCCACUGCUAUUACUGUCGGCGCGUUCUUUAUUCCUGAGGGUCCUUUUACAACUGUGUGGUUCUACGUUGGCAUGGCUGGCGCUUUCUGUUUCAUUCUGAUUCAGCUGGUGCUUCUGAUUGACUUUGCUCACUCCUGGAAUGAGUCCUGGGUAGAGAAGAUGGAGGAGGGAAACUCUCGCUGCUGGUAUGCUGCUCUUCUCAGCGCCACAGCCAUGAACUAUGCCCUGUCCUUGGUGUCUCUGGUGAUGUUCUAUGUCUACUACACCCAUACUGAUGGCUGCACUGAGAACAAGGUCUUCAUCAGUGUUAACAUGCUGCUGUGUGUGGGAGCCUCCGUCAUGUCCAUCUUACCCAAAAUUCAGGAGUCACAGCCCAGGUCUGGUCUCCUGCAGUCCUCCCUUGUCACCCUGUACACUAUGUAUCUGACCUGGUCUGCUAUGACCAAUGAGCCUGACCGUAAAUGCAACCCAAGUCUUCUGGGCAUUAUUGGCCUGAACAGUACCACCCCAGCUGGCCAAGGUUAUGUGGUUCAGUGGUGGGACGCCCAGGGCAUUGUGGGAUUGAUCCUGUUCCUGAUGUGUGUUUUGUAUUCCAGCAUCCGCAAUUCCAGCAACGCUCAAGUCAACAAGUUGACACUGACUAGUGACGAGUCUGCACUGAUCGAAGAUGGUCCAGCACCUGAGAAUUUUGAUGAGGGAGACAGUUCAAACCGUGCCAUUGACAAUGAGAAGGAUGGGGUGACAUAUAGCUAUUCUUUCUUCCACUUCAUGCUCUUCCUGGCUUCUCUUUACAUCAUGAUGACUUUGACCAACUGGUACAGCCCUGACUCCAACUAUGAGGCAAUGACUAGCAAGUGGCCAUCAGUGUGGGUGAAGAUUGCAUCCAGCUGGAUUUGUAUCUCGCUAUACGUGUGGACCCUGGUGGCUCCGCUCGUCCUUACCAACCGUGACUUCGACUGAUGAGGCAGAAGAAAGAGAGCUUUAAGCAAAACUUGCCCUUCAUCAUUGUGACUGUCUGCCUGUAAACGAAGGCAAGCUGGUUCAUAAUUGUAAAUAGCUGAAGCUGGUGCAUUCCUGUGUGGUUAAUCCUCAGUUUUGGUUUAACUGUUGCAUGUAAUGUAGUGAUAUUUAUUUGUGAUGUAGAAGAGCUCAAAACAAUUAGCUAGACUUGAGUUUAAAAAAAAAAUACAGGACUAUUUACGCAUCAGUCCUGAAGAAAGAUCAGGAGUGAGUCUUGGAAAACAUUUUAAAAUUACAAUUUAAGUAAGUUGGACUUGACAGUACUGUUGAAACAUUUUGCCAUAAGUUAUUCAUGGAGCUAUAGGAACAACAUGCAUAAUUUUAUAUUAAAAAAUUCCUGUAGAAAGGGCAUAAAAGUUCAGUGUAGCAGAUUUAGCAAGUAUCAUUGCUAAGUAGAAGUUUAGAUUUGCUGUGGGGGUUUUUUUUGUUUGUUUUUUCAUUCCUAAAAAUAUGCAUCAAAACAUGACAUUUAGGAUAUGGUUUACAAAAUACAGCUCAUGUGAGAUAUUGUUUUAUUAACAUCAGUGUUGGCAAUUUGGUGCAUGUUAAUGAAUUUCCGGGCUUUUAGUUAGGACUGUAAAAUGCCACAGUGCUAAUCCUUUUGCAACUUGCACAGGUUAGUUGAGUUUUGAAGUUUUUAUUGUGUUUGAAAUGCUUUUUGCACUGAUUCAUUGCUUUACAAGCUCAUGUUAACAUGUUAUAAUUUCAUACAUGUACUUUGCUUCUAUGCCAUGAUGUGUGUAUUACCAGUCUGCUAUAGGUAAUAGUCUACUAGCUGCUGUUAAGCAACAGUUUAUAGGCACUGAUACCUUGGUGUAUUUCUUUUGUCCUUUUGACAUGUGCAUUGUAAUCUAUCUUGUCUUAAUCAUUAAAGGUUUAAAACCC